CUCUACUCGAGAGAGCUCGAGAUCCAAAAUCAUUUAUUAUUUUGUUGAAAUCUGACUUGUGCUCGUCAUUCAGUGAUUUUAGGCGGCUGGGAAAUUAUUAAAGUGAAAAGUCUUCGGCGGCUUAAAGCUUAAUAUCUAAGCUACUUAAUUUAAAACAAUUAUAUCUUACGCGAGUGGCUUUACUUUCACAGCACAAAAUCAAAAUUUCUUUUUAUAAAAUUUUCGUUUUAAACAUUUAAUUACAACGUGAGAGAUUUUUGUCUAAUCAAUUUCUAUGUUUCUUGAACAUAAGUGAUUCGGUUUGUGCUUGUUGUGUUGAAUCGAUAUUAUAUCAGUGCAAUAACCCUAAUUGUUCUGAAAUGAGUGUGCGUAUUCUAUAUUCCUUAUGAGAAUGACACAUUGGCUUUUAUUAUAAUGGGCUUAGUUUUCUGAUAAAGUUCAGAAGGUUUAUUUAGUUACUUUAAAUUAUUCGCAACAAUGGGCAAGUUCUCCGGUAAGAAAUGCCGGCUGCUCUCCAUGCUGUGGCUGACGUGCAGCUUCUUCUUCGUGGAGCUGAUCGUCGGCUACGUCACCAAUUCCAUGGCACUGGUGGCUGACUCGUUUCACAUGCUGAGUGAUGUCGCUGCGCUUGUCAUUGCCUUCUUAUCAGUCAAAAUGUCACCAAAGAAAUGGUCAAAGAACACCUUUGGCUGGGCCCGCGCGGAAGUCCUGGGGGCUCUCGUGAACGCCGUGUUCCUUGUGGCGCUGUGUUUCAGCAUCACAGUUGAAGCAGUCAAGCGCUUCUUUGACAACGACUAUAGGAUACAUAAUGAGAAGCUCCUGGUAGCUGUCGGCACGUUGGGCUUGGUUCUCAACGUUAUAGGGCUGUUUUUGUUCCAUGAACACGGCAGCAGUCAUGGGCACUCUCACGGUGGCGUGCCGCCGCCAGCCAACGUGCGUCACCUGACCGAGAUCGUGAACAGCAACGCCGAUAUGGCACUUGGCCAUGCAGCAGAUGAGGAGACUGAUGAGAUGGUAGCCCGCAGCGCGCCGCCGAACAACAACAAGCCCAAGCCCAACAAGACAACGGACCCAGGUCAUAUGAACAUGAAGGGCGUGUUCCUGCAUCUAUUGUCCGACGCGUUAGGCUCCCUCAUAGUUGUCGCUUCGGCUCUGGUAGUGUGGCUCACCAGAUGGCCCUACAGAUACUACCUCGACCCCGCGCUUAGUUUAGUACUAGUUAUUCUGAUCCUCGUGUCUGUGUGGCCCCUGCUCAGAGAAUCCGCUUUAAUUCUUCUGCAAACUGUACCUACACAUAUCCAGGUGGACGCGAUACAGCGCCGCCUGUUAGAGAAAGUGGACGGCGUGCUGGCCGUGCAUGAGUUCCACGUCUGGCAGCUGGCCGGCGAUAGAAUUAUUGCCAGUGCGCAUAUACGGUGUAGAAACCUGUCGGAGUACAUGAAGAUAGCUGAGAAGGUGAAGGAGUUCUUCCACAACGAGGGCAUUCACUCCACCACGAUACAGCCAGAGUUCGUCGAGAUACCUUUAGACGGAAAUGAGGUGUUGACCGGCAACGCGGGCGAAGCGCCGUGUGCGCUGCACUGCCCCGCCAAGGACCUGUGCCACAACGCCACCUGCUGCGGACCCAACCAGCAGGAGCGAAAGACGCCAUCGCCUGCUGUGACGCCGUACCUCUGUAGACAGAGGAACAUGGGUUCGAGGACGGAAUCCAUGAACUCGACGCUAGCGGCGAGUGCGCCUGGCGCGAACUCGGCAAGGCAUUUGGACGCUUUGGAGUGCGGUUCCCUGCUGCCGACGCCGGCGGUGCAAGAUGGCCGCCUGGCUGUCUGACAGCCGCUUCGCAUCGCCGCGAUAUCCUAAACUCACAGAACUAAGUGCCGCGGUAACAACCAUUAAACUGAACCGUUUACAGUUCGUGAAAGAUGGAAUAGACUACAUGUGAAUAUCUAAAACUUACUGUGGGAUAACGAAACAUUCUAGUACAAAGUAGGGAAGACCACCGCAGUAAAGAUGAAGGUGGCCCGAUUGAAGUACUAGUUCCACGAUUCGAUAUCGGCAGGUCGGUUAUACGGCGCUGUUUUUGUUGUCUCUUAAGUGACUGGCCGAAAUCGUGCGGCAACUGUUAUCAGUUGCCAUCUUUAAGUCUCUUAAGAUUGAGCGUUGUUAUGCAAUAACGACCAUGUAGCAAUGUCACUAGUUAACUGGACAGCGUCAUAUCAGUCUUUCAGAACCAAUAUCCUUCACAAGUGAAUGUAAUGUGAAUGAUGUCAUCUCCUCAUCUCAUCCUAUCUAAUACAUUUCUAUUUGAAUAGAACUUUGGACAUAAUAUGUGUUAUCCAUGCCUAAAGGGUUCUUAUACUUCAUCUACAAUAAAGAUGAAUUUAUCGCCCUUAUUGCACAAUGAACAUAUGGAGUAUAAGGAAGGAUCCUUUUUGAUGGAAAACAGUCAUAGAUAUGGUGCAGGGCAUCUUAGCAGUCAGUAUAUAAGUUCGUUAAUAUAUUUACUACAUUGACUGUAAGAGCGCUUUCACAUUAUCCGAUCCAAUAUCGGAUGUAGGUAGGGUUUCAAAGACAAAUGUCAAAGAUGGCGUCUUAAUAUAAGAUAUCCGUCCUACAUCCGAUAUCGGAUCGGAAAAUGUGAAAACUCACUGUUCGGUUGUGACAGUACGUGCAAUGUUGAUAGACCUGUGUGGGGAACUUAAGAAGAACUGAAGUAGUCUUGAUAUCUUGAAUCGUGCAAGCUUAUCUGUGGAUAUCUACUGAUUUACUUUCGCUUAUAAGCAUCUAUUUAGAUAAUCUCUAUCUGGCUAUUCUUACUACGUAUACUUACAUUUUAAAGGCUAGUAACUAAUAUUCUUUUGCAAGGGGAGUUUUCAGUAGUCAGUAACAAAUCAGCUGGUCUGCAAGUCUAUCCUAAAGCAACCGUUAAUUACCGUUGGAGAAGAGUACUAUGCUAAAGUUAGGUUUAACGGCUCAGCCACGACAUUGGUCUAAGCGCGACAGCGGUGAGCGGCAGCCAUACGGAGUGAGACACAGCGAUGGGACUAUUCAUUCGCACGUAUGCCUGCCGCUCACCG